AUGACAGUCACAGAUGCCACAAAGCGUACAGAAGACCAGGAGGCCGCUGCCCUCCGAAAUCUCAGUCUCACACCAUACGCAUGUUCCUCGAUUGAAAGGCUGAGCGGAGGGUUGAUGAAUAUUACAUACAAGGGCCAUCUUCUGCGGCCGCUUUCCGAUGGAGCUACAACGAUUAUCAUGAAGACCGGCGAGGAGGAGAGCGCCCUGAUCCCCGGGCUGAAGUUCUCAACAACAAGAUGCGUCACAGAACAGGCCAUGCUACAACAUAUGGGAGGCCGGCCAUUUGUCGUUGAUCCAGAAACUCAUAUCUCUGUGCGGUCCCCCUGCCUAUACCAGUACUUCUCGAAGAGCAAUAUGCAGGUUAUGGAGGAUAUCACAAAUAGCCAACCGCUUCAAGAUUUACUGCUUUCUCCAGUUGCGGCGAACAUGACCACGGCAGCUGCCAAAGCUCUGGGGGAGAGUCUUGGCGUCUGGAUCUCAUACUUCCAUUCUACGUGCCAGAGCCGUAUCAACGCAGUACUAUCGGAGACCAUCAGGCGCAAUGGUGACUAUGUAACUAAAGACUUGGAAAUAGCCAGGCAUAAAGCUUUGGAUGCUUUGUGCCUACCAGAGCCGGCCAGGUCCUAUGCGAGGAAGCAUAUCGACAUCGGCUGCACACCAGAGGACAUUGUCCUUCACGGAGAUUUCUCCGUCAGAAAGUAA